GAACUAACUACUUGGCGCUAAUUUAGGGAGGGAAAUGUAUCAAAACUUCGUCCAUUGAUUGAUUCUCUUGAUCGCCCCCCGGCCUAGAAACCAGGCACUUUCCGUCUUCUCCUCAAUCGAUCAUUACUCCGCCUCCCUAGAUUCCUCCAUCCCUCCCUUUGUGCCCAUUGGCUCCGUCACGCCUCACGCGGAUCAGACUCCCAUCCGACGUCCCUCCUCGCUCCUCGCUUGCUCAAUGCUCGCCAAGCCGUACACGGUCUUCUCUAUAAAUGGCCAGCCCGUUGCUACCGCCGCUCGAUCUUUCCCCCACGCCUUGCUCCUCCUCCUCUCUCCUGCUUAAGCCAACCCACAACGAGUACAUUAGGCGUGCAUCCGCCCAAGGUUCAGAUGUUGUGUCCUUGAUUCGCACCAUGCCAUGAGAUGGUCCAUGGGUGGGCGGCUGGGCGUGCACUGAGUUCUUGUCUUGUCGACCCUUUCUUCAACGCCCCGGCAUGCUUGUGGGCGGAUGUUGCGCAGCUCUCGUCCACAAUGUCAGUUGGUCCUGCUGGACAUGAGAGGAGGCAAUCCUCACGAGCACAAGCACAAGCUAUGCGUUUGAUUCAGAAGGUCAACACCAGUUCUUCCAAGCAAAGGUACGGAAACAAAAUUACAUAUGCUUUCUUUGAUUGGUAAAGUUGAAUGUGUUGACUUGAUUGCUUUCUUCUCCGGUAGUAUGUAUAAUCGAGCCAAUAGGGCCUUGAAAUCCACAUUCCUCAUUGUCUCAUAGGAAAACAUAGUCUAGUUUUAGUACAAGAUUCAGUCUGAUAACAUAGCAAUAAGAAACCUACCGGUGAAUCGUGUCCAACUGCUCGUGAUCACCAGAUAUCUGAACAAGCAAACCACAGGGUAGCAUUAGGGUGUUGAUUACAACAACAACAAAGCCUUUAGUCCCAAACAAGUUGGGGGAGGCUAGGGCUGAAACCCAUAAGAAACUCGCAACCAUUUCUUUUGUUUUAGACUGCUCCUUAUUGAAGUUUUUUCAUUGUUUUUCUGGGAUUAUCGCAGUCUUGCUGACUAUAUGAAGCAGCGAGCGACAAGAGCUCUUUCUGUGUCUCUAGGGUAGUAGUAGCCAACCAUGAGAUAGAGCAGGCCCAUUUAGUCUAGUAUAAAAAGAGUGUCAGUAAUUAGUAGUAAUCCAUUUACUUAGCAUUGCAGUAGCACCAACACAAGUAUAUAUAUUUGUGGCAAUGAGUACUACAACUCAUAGUCUCUCUAAGACUUGGUGCCCAUGGAAAAGGAGGAAGAAGUGAACCUAGUAAUUAUCUAGUGGGUGCCAGUAAAUAUCAACCAAUCUCUUUGUGUUAGCAGCAGUUUGACGCCUUGGUGGCAGCCUCAUUGUGUGAUUAUUGCUAAAUCUCAGCGUCGACCAGCUGGGCUUCUUUAUUUAUUCGCCGGCAUUGAAACCUAAACUUCUAAAACCAACAAGAACUUUUUUGGAAGGUGGAUGAACACGAGACCUGAAAAUGUUGUAGCCAACAGUGAUUAUCAAAUUUUCUUUGGCAGCUCUCUCUGUAGAUGUAGAAUAGAAGAUACGCUAGCUGUUUGUCUGUUCUGGGGUACUAUGUGCCUGCCCUGUUGAAAAUAGAUCAUUGCUUUCAUAUUGUCAGUGUCCAUGUUGCCGGUCUGUGUCUCGAAGUCCUCCUGUGUAGGCUGCAGCAGUAAUUAGAGCGUGUGCAGACCUGGUGCCAAGAGUGAUCUUGAGGCACCAUACUACUGGUCUAGACGCUACAGUGCAAGAGGCUAGGUAAAAAAAAUUGUAUAGGAUGGACAUAAAUCUGCACUUUGGCUGAGCAGGUCACCCUACAACCUACGCCCUAGAUCCGGUAGGGCCCUAGCUCCUACCAAUUUGGUAUCCAGAGACUCGGGCUCGAUCAUGUCUUCGUCAACGCCAACGCCGCUGCUGCCAAUCAUCACCAUCGCACCGCUCACCACUGCCGGUUCCCCCACGCCGCCGGCCCCGGUCACCUCCGCUGCGCCGACAACUAGGGCUGGACGUCCGAACGGGCUAAUGGGCUCGGCUCGGAGCUCGCUCCAGCUCGGCCCGACUCAGCUCGGCCCGAGAGCUAAAUAGGCUGAGCCGAGCCACGUGAAAUGGGCCCGUUGGCCGACCGAGCCGAGCCUGUUUUGGCCCGGUCCAGCUCGGUGGCUCGUCCGAAGCCGAAGCCCAGAACGCGACGCAAUCACACAGCCCAGCAGAGGAGCGCAACCAGCCUAACCCAGCGAGUCGCGUCGUCUCCACUGUCUCCUCCCGCUAGGGUUCGCCGCCGCCGCCCCAUGCUUCUCGCCAAGCUAUUUCCUGCAUGCCACCACGACGCAUCCUGCCACCGGCGUCGGCACGCACAAGCGCAUCCAGCGGCCGCAGCGCACGCACGCAUCACCAGCCUGUUGAUUGAUUCUUGGACACAAGUACAAAACUUGAAGCAUGUUGAUUGAAUCCUGGAGUUGGCUGGAUGCACACGUACGAGAGGAAGCAAGAUCAACUGCUACGGAGGCUAGCCACCUGCGUUCGACGCACCAGACGCCCGACCUCGCCACGCCGGCACGUCUUCGUCGUGCUCCCCUCAACGCCGUCAAGCCAACCUCGCCUGAGGCGCCCGUACGCCCACGCACCCAGCCUCCAGAGGCAAAACGAGCUGCUCGGGCUGGACCGAGCCAUAGGCAAGACGAGCCGAGCCUCCAGAUGCGGGCUCGUUCAACUAGCGAGCCGAGCCGAGCAUGGCUCGUUCAUGGCGAGCCAAAUCCAGGCUCGAACCGAACUCGGCUCGGCUCGGCUCGUGUCCAGCCCUACCGACAACUGCUGUUUUCACGCCGGAAGAAGUCACCAGCAUCUUGCAGGAUCUCGUGAUGGCCGUCCAGGGCAUCUAUCUAUACCUGCCGGGGCCGCCUGCACCUCCGCCGGCUGCGACUACCGCCGCCUACGGCCACCCCGCGCUGCCGUGGCCGUCCCAGGGCGUGCCUGCAAUGGGCGGGCCACUGCUGCCGCCGUUCCAGGCGGGGCACCCCAGCGGGCCGCCUCCGCCGCUGCUGCACCUGCCCUGGUACUCGGUACCCACGGCAAUCAUCGGGGCCCAUCCGUCGUUCCAGCCGCCACCCGCCCCAAUGCCGUCCUGGCCACAGUGGCCCGCACCGAUUCUCGCGGCGCCUUCCGCGCCUGCCCCAGCGCCGCACUGGCCCGUGCCGGCCCCAGCCAUGCCAACCGCGCCGCCCGCGCCGGUCCAGCUUCCAUCGCCGCCGCCCAGCUCCGGACUGGGCCAGUCCACACCGGGAGGCCUCCCGAUCCAGCAGGUCCGGUUUCCGCCAUCACCGUCCCAGAUCCCGGCCUGGCUAACCGGGACGUCGCCACCGCCAGUUUACACGGAGGCCGGGGACUCACCGGUACCCACGCUGCAGUCUGGGGCCUCGUCCGGCUCCGCGGGGGCCUAUGUCGGUCUCCCCACCGUUGACCGGGCGCCGUCAUCAUCACUGCUCCGCAUUGCCGAGCCGGUCGGCCAUGGUGCGCCGACGCAGACGCCGCCACGGUUUGCCAAGAUCGACUUCGCCACUUAUGACGGCACGGAGGACCCGAUUAACUGGCUCAACCAGUGUGAGCAGUUUUUCCGUGGACAGUGCACGCUCGCGUCGGAGCGCACUUGGCUGGCAUCCUACCACCUCCGCGGUGCAGCCCAGACCUGGUACUACGCCCUCGAGCAGGACGAGGGCAGCAUGCCCCCUUGGGAGCGCUUCCGCGAGCUUUGCCUCCUUCGUUUUGGGCCCCCGAUCCGCGGGAGCCGCCUGGCGGAGCUAGGCCGCCUUCCCUUCACCUCCACUGUUCAGGACUUCGCCGAUCGUUUCCAGGCCGUGGCAUGCCACGCGUCGGGUGUGACGGCGCAGCAGCGGGCUGACCUCUUUGUCGGUGGACAUCCGGAUCACAUCCGCAUGGACGUGGAGCUUCAGGGACCCCAGGAUAUCCAGACGGCCAUGUACUACGCCCGUGCGUUCGAGCGCCGCACGGUGGCCGUCCAACAGGAGUCACCGUCCCGGGCCACUGGGUCGCUACCCUGGCCAGAUCCCGCUCCGGGUAGGACUGUUCAGGCUUCCGCGGCACCCCUCGCCGCGACCGCGGCGCGACCGUUCCGCUGGCUCACGUCGGCCGAGCUACUCGAGCGUCGCCGCCAAGGGUUGUGCUUCAAUUGCGACGAGCCCUACACGCCCGCCCACGCCUGCCCGCGACUCUUCUACCUGGCGGUUGCAGACUACAUUCCGGAGGACGCCGUCGUUGCCGACCUUGCCGCCCCAGUUGUCGCGAAGGUGUUUGACGCUGGUUGAUCACCUCGAGGAGUUCAGCAAGCGCUUCCCCACCUUACAGCUCGAGGGCGAGCUGUUUGUGCAGACGGGGAGAAGUGUUAUGACCGGCAUAGUAUCUUAAUUAGGGGCUUAGCCCAAUUAUCUUAUCGUAUUAGGAUCAUUUGCUUAGGAGUCAAGUAAACCUCUCUAUAUAAAGAGAGGAGAUGUAUCAAUCUAAU